CGCACAGAAGCUGCCGCCGGCUUCUAAAGCAGCGGCGGCGGCGCUGGUUUAAAGGCGCUUCUCUGAAGCGGAGUAGGCUUUCGCUCAGACGGAGAAGGAUCGCGGACCCACGGCGCAAAAGGAGGAGCCCUUGACGCACGCAGCUAUACCACCAUGCCUGGAUCUCUCCCUGUAAAUGCUGAAGCCUGUUGGCCAAAAGAUGUGGGAAUAGUUGCUUUGGAGAUUUAUUUCCCUUCCCAGUAUGUUGAUCAGGCAGAGUUGGAGAAAUUUGAUGGUGUUGAUGCUGGAAAAUACACCAUAGGCUUGGGUCAGUCCAAGAUGGGCUUCUGCUCAGACAGGGAGGAUAUCAACUCACUGUGCCUCACUGUAGUUCAGAAGCUUAUGGAGAGGAACAGUCUCUCCUACAAUUGCAUUGGAAGGCUUGAAGUUGGAACAGAGACAAUAAUCGACAAAUCCAAAUCUGUAAAGACUGUCCUGAUGCAGCUCUUUGAAGAAUCUGGUAACACAGAUGUGGAAGGCAUUGACACAACCAAUGCCUGCUAUGGAGGCACUGCUGCACUCUUCAAUGCUAUCAACUGGGUGGAAUCCAGUUCCUGGGAUGGUCGCUAUGCACUUGUUGUUGCUGGGGAUAUUGCUGUUUAUGCCACUGGAAAUGCCAGACCAACUGGAGGAGCUGGUGCUGUCGCUAUGCUUGUGGGUCCAAAUGCACCUCUGAUUUUUGAGAGAGGAUUGCGUGGGACCCACAUGCAACAUGCCUACGACUUUUAUAAGCCUGAUAUGGUAUCUGAGUAUCCCAUGGUUGAUGGGAAAUUAUCCAUACAAUGCUACCUCAGUGCAUUAGAUCGCUGCUACUCUGUCUAUCGCAAGAAAAUCUGUGCUCAGUGGCAGAAAGAGGGAAUUGACAAGGACUUUACACUGAAUGACUUUGGUUUCGUGAUAUUUCACUCUCCAUACUGCAAACUUGUACAGAAAUCAGUAGCUCGUCUGUUGUUGAAUGACUUUCUUAAUGACAAGACAUCCAUUAAUGAAAAUGGUAUCUACAGUGGACUGGAAGCCUUUAGAGAUAUAAAACUGGAAGACACAUACUUUGAUCGAGACGUGGAGAAAGCUUUUAUGAAGGCCAGUGCUGAGCUGUUCAACCACAAAACAAAAUCUUCCUUGCUUGUUUCUAAUCAAAAUGGAAAUAUGUACACACCUUCAGUCUAUGGCUGCCUUGCUUCUCUCCUAGCUCAGUAUUCACCUCAGCAGUUGGCAGGACAGAGGAUUGGAGUUUUCUCUUAUGGCUCAGGAUUUGCUGCUACCCUCUACUCAAUCAAGGUUAGCCAAGAUGCAACUCCUGGCUCUUCCCUGGAUAAAAUAACGGCCAGUAUGUCUGAUUUGAAAACAAGGCUUGAUUCAAGGAAACGUAUUUCUCCAGAGGUGUUCGCAGAAAACAUGAUGCUUAGACAAGAGACUCAUCAUUUAGCUAAUUAUAUCCCAAAAUGUUCUGUGGAUGAUCUCUAUGAUGGAACUUGGUAUUUGGUGCGAGUGGAUGAGAAACACAGAAGAACAUAUGCCCGUCGCCCUGUGCUGGGUGAUGGGCCAUUGGAAGCAGGAGAAGAAGUUGUUCACAUGGGCCUUGCUCAUGAGCACAUCCCCAGCCCUGCUAAGAAAGUACCAAGAAUUCCUGGAAAAGCAGACUCUGAAGCAAUUGCCGUUUCCCUUUCCAAUGGAGAGCAUUAAAACACCUCUAUGAGGUGGAUGUUGAAAAGAUUAGGGGAGAGGUGGGGAGGUACACAGGAUUAAAUGUUAUUACUCACAUUCUGCUGUACAGUACUGCUUAAUUAGAGCAUGAAAAACUGUUACUCUUGAGGCUCUGUCUUUUGAUGCGGUUUGUUGACAUGUAGUUUCAUAACACUAAAAGUUCUCGUGCUUCUUGGAACAGAAAUUACAAGAGUGUUUUCUGAGAAACGUAGCUUGUUUCUAAAGAGUCAUGGUUCAAAACUAGGUACUUUAAUUUAGGCUCCGGAAAACGUCAGUUGUUUUCCUCCUUCCUCGAAACCCCAUUUUAACAAAGAUCUUUGCAAAUUUUGUAACAUUAUUGCUCAGCAAAGAAGUAAGACUUCUUUUUAAAGCCAUUAUUGAAAGGAAUUAAUGUGAUCUAAAGCCAUUAGCAUGUGUCAUCUUAGUAUUCAAAGUUAGGGUCCUAUGUGCCUUAACAAUCUUAAGCACCCUGUCUCUUAAAUAUAAACUUCUGCCGCUCAAAACCCCUGUGGGUUUGGAGAAAGAGCAGUGCGUUUGUUUUUCAAGGUGCUAUUAACUGGAGAAUUUUUUCCCAAUUGUUAUUACUAGUUCAAACCAAACUUCACCAGAAAGAUGGAGGUCUGUGAUGACUAUUGAUAAACUGGAUUUCAGUUGUAUGUACAUAUUUUAAAAACUACUCUCCCCCCCCCCCCAUCCCUCAAAUACCAUUUUGCAGUACUAGCCAAGCAUUAAUUCCCCUGAAGUGUAUGUGGCAGAAUAUGGAAAGGUGGAUGCUUGGCAUUUUAAAGCUGGUUGGAAAUGAAUUAUUUCAAAUGUAUGUCAUCUUUUAUAAAGGUUACCUAGGAAUAGGUUUUGCAUACUCAGCCUAUGAAGAACUUUGCAAAUGCUCAGCUUAAGAAUGGGUCAGUUCUGGAAUGUUUUGCUCUUGAAGUUCUGUUUUAUGUUUGUGCUGGGUGAUAGUGCAACAACAGAAGUUGCUCUGAACUGAUAUAUACGUAGCAUUCUGUUUCAAGUUUAUUUGAAAUUCCAUUUCCAGUUAUAUAUGAAUACUGAAAGGCUGAACCCUUCAAAGCAUUCAUUAUAGAAAAGUCAUACACAGAUUGGAGCUGUGCUGGUUCAAUACAGGCCUCUAUCUCUUUGAGGGUUUACUUGAUAAAACUACUUAGGUUGCCUGCCUGCCUAAGGCAACAGCAACGGAGGAGAAGGGGUUAUUUGAACUUCCCAGCAGACAUGAUAUGUGGCUUGUGUGCUCCAUUUAUUUGCAGGUUCUUCUCUUUAAUUGUCCAUUGACUACCACAGACCUGCUUCAGAGUAAAGGCUUUUUUGGCUAUUGCAACUGUGCUUUGGCCACGGUAAGCAUGUGUAUAGACUCUAUUGAGGGAAAUCCACUGACCAUGUUGGAUAGUCCUAGAUGAACUGAAACUAAAGGCAAAGAAAGCUCUUGGUUUGUAAAAUACAGUGCAUUUACACCAAACUCACAUUCUGCCCUGUUUUUAUUCUGCUUUAAAAGGCUACGAAAAGCUUUGUCUGAAAAUUUUUUUGCAAGAAUUGAUGCCCAUCACACUUAAGUUACAAAAAUGCAGGAUCUGAUGUUCUGUAGUUUGCAUUUUAAAAAGUUAGUCACUAAGGUUUGACAGUUUUCUGCAUCAGUUCAUCAUGUUAGACAUGCUUUGACUUAACUUGAAUGGUCUAAGUGCUUUGGCUACAUGUGACAAGAGGAGCGAAGGACAAGGCUGAUGUUUGUUUGUACAUUGUCAGAAGCAUAUCAAGUCCAUUGCAGGCAAUGGACAGGCUAAGAACCAUUGCACAAAAUGUAACCUUUAUAAACCUCACAAGCGAUGAGGCAGAUGCCUUGUAAAAUAAAUGUUGAGCUGUUUGAACUAUC